AUGUCAUUAUAUUACGCUCUCGUAUUCUGCAUAUUGGUUGUAGAGGUCGUUGCCUUCACAUUGCUGGCAUUACCUCUGCCGGCACGUGUUCGUCGCCCAUUGGCAUCAGCAGCAGCUCGUCCUUUCCGUCAAGCUUCUGUUCAAGUAGCUGCUAAAUGUGUUGCUGGGUUUGUGUUGUUGUUGUUCUUGGAUGCCACAGCCCGUGCUCACCGUUUGGGUGCUCAGUCCGCAGCUGCAGGCCAUGUUCAUGGUGCAGAACGUGCCGAAUUACUUUCAAGACGUUUCUUAGCUCAACGUAAUAUGUACCUAACAGGUUUCACAUUAUUUCUCAGUUUUACAGUAGCCCGUACCUCAUCUCUGGUGGCUGAAUUGAUGGAUCUACGUGCUGCUGCCAAAUCAGACACAAACUCGAAAUCAACUACAGCAAGUUCUGCCAGUAUAGCUGAAUCUCUUCGUGCCAAAUUGAAAGCAGCUGAUUUGGAAAUUGAAACCCUCAAGUCUCGUGCCGCUACUCUUUCCACAUAG